AUAUCAAAUAAAGAGAUUAAUUUAACAUCUUUUUUUGUCAGUCAUAAUUGACAAAGAUUUACUUAGCAGUUCUAACUCAUUCUUCGUACUAGUCAGACAGGGUUUAGGUAUCAGGUAUCUAUCUAUAUAUAAAAAAAAUCUUAAUAAUAGUUAAAUAUUGAUAACAAAAUCCAAAUUAGCCAGCUCUGCAUGUAAUCCCAGAAAAAACUUCACUGAUUCACAAUAAUAAAAAACAACACAUGUCCAUUGUUAUUUCUAGUGGUCUCACAGGUGUCUGACUUUCUGCUGUGUGUGACGUUUUUCCAUACGGCCCCUGAAGGCAUCCCGAGAUAAGCUAAGCAGGCGGUGUCUUCGGGAAAUUGCCUUCAUGUCAUCCUCCAAUGAGAAGCUCCACAACACCCACAGCAGCGGUCUGAGCGGCUCCAUAUUGGAUCUGCCUUGUUCUUAGAAAUAUACUAGUGCAACACACUCUGGAGAGGACCGUCUGCUGCUCAUACUGUCUCUCCAGCGUCCGUCCAGCCGGGGCCAGGCAGCAGCAGCCCGGCUCCUCUUUGCUCUGCUCUCCUGUCUCCGGUCUGCUCGCCAGAGCUCACAGGUAUAUCAGGUGUGAUGAGGGAUGAAGCCGACACCACCGAGCUGCUGCUGUCACCAACAAAUGUUCCUCGGAGCUUUUAACUGGGCUGAGAAAUUAGGUUAGAGAGAAAGAGACGCACCUGAAGACCUGAGCAGGAGAGAAAAGUGGCAUGCAUGCUGAGGAAGGAAUAAUUGGAUUGAGAUAACGCCGCCACAGGCAUGAUGUUCACACUCACCGAGGUUGCGUCCCUGAAUGACAUCCAGCCGACGUACCGCAUCCUGAAGCCAUGGUGGGACGUCUUCAUGGACUACCUGGGGCUGGUCAUGCUCAUGCUGGCCAUAUUCGCCAUGACCAUGCAGAUCACCAAGGACCAGGUGGCCUGCCUCCCGGUUCUGGAGGACCCGGAGGAGGUCUCGGGAGCCAAGCCCAACUCGUUCACGCAGCAGAGCGCGCAGAAACCGGCCACUUCGGCAGCCCCCGCGGCAACCACCAUGCCCCUGAUCACUAAGGACUUACCAGACGAAAUUGUCCACGAGAUCCACGUCACGCACCAACACACUGCGGUGGUGGCGGAGACAUAUGCCAAUCAACCUCAGCCGACGGGGGUCCGGACCAACCUGGACUAUCAACAGUAUAUCUUCAUCAACCAAAUAUGUUACCAUGUGGCCUUACCCUGGUAUUCCAAGUACUUUCCUUACCUCACCCUCAUCCACACCAUCGUUCUCAUGGUCAGUAGCAACUUCUGGUUCAAAUACCCCAAAACAAGCUCAAAGAUUGAGCAUUUUGUCUCAAUCCUAGGUAGAUGUUUUGAGUCUCCCUGGACUACGAAGGCUUUGUCUGAAACGGCUUGCGAGGACUCUGAGGAGAACAAACAGCGGAUGACCGGCACCUCCUCUGCACCAAAGCAGGUGUCUUUAGAGGGGAAGGAGGACGGUGCAAACGUCAACUCAUCCACACCCAUGCUCGGGGUGAAGUUCUCUGCAGAUAAGCCCAUCGGAGAGGUCCCGAGCAGCAUGACAAUCCUGGACAAAAAAGACGGAGAGCAGGCCAAAGCUCUGUUUGAGAAAGUGAGAAAAUUCCGAGCUCACGUGGAGGACAGUGAUUUCAUCUACAAGCUUUAUGUAGCGCAGACCGUUGUCAAAACCGUCAAGUUUAUCUUGAUUUUAUCCUACACUUCGACCUUUUUGGCUAAGAUAAAUUUUAAGCACGAUUGUGAACCUGAGAUUAAACAGCUGACAGGAUACAGGAAGUUCUUCUGCACCCACAACAUGGCUUUCAUGCUCAACAAGCUGCUUAUCAGCUACAUGGCUCUGAUUUUGAUCUACGGGAUGGCGUGCUUGUACUCUCUCUUCUGGGUGUUUCGGCGCCCCCUGAAAGAGUACUCGUUCGAGAAGGUCCGGGAAGAGAGCAGCUUUAGUGACAUUCCUGAUGUCAAAAAUGACUUUGCAUUCCUCUUACACAUGGUUGACCAGUAUGACCAACUCUACUCCAAACGCUUCGGUGUCUUCUUGUCCGAGGUCAGUGAAAACAAGCUUAGGGAGAUCAGCCUCAAUCACGAGUGGACCUUUGAAAAACUGAGGCAGCUCGUGACCCGUAACGCACUGGACCAGCAGGAGCUGCACCUUUUCAUGCUCUCCGGUCUACCGAACGCUGUGUUUGACCUCACGGAUUUGGAAGUGCUGAAACUGGAGCUGAUUCCUGAGGUGAGGUUCUCGGCGAAGGUCUCCCAGAUGACCAGCCUGCUGGAGCUGCACCUCUGCCACUGCCCGGCCAAAGUAGAGCAGACGGGGUUCGCUUUCCUCCGCGACCAUCUUCGCUGCCUUCACGUCAAGUUCACCGACGUCGCCGAGAUCCCGACAUGGGUGUAUUUGCUGAGGAGUUUGAGGGAGCUCAACCUAAUCGGCAACUUGAGCUCAGAAAACAACAAAAUGAUAGGUCUGGAGUCCAUGCGAGAUUUGAGGCAUUUAAAGACAUUAUGCUUGAAGAGCAACCUCACAAAAAUGCCCACAAACAUCACAGAGCUGUCGCCGCAUCUGAUUAAGCUAGUGGUGCACAACGAUGGUACAAAACUGAUGGUACUGAAUAGUCUGAAAAAGAUGACAAAUCUGAUUGAACUGGAGCUGCACACGUGCGAACUGGAGAGGAUCCCCCACGCUAUUUUCAGCUUGACCAACUUGCAGGAGCUCGACCUGAAAUCCAACAACAUCCGAACCAUCGAGGAGAUCAUCAGCUUCCAGCACCUCAAGAGGCUGACGUGCCUUAAACUGUGGCACAACAAAAUCAUCACCAUCCCAUCCUCCAUCGGCCAGAUCAAGUCUCUGGAGGCUCUCCACCUCUCUCACAAUAAACUGGAGUCCCUGCCUCCGGCCUUGUUCACGCUGCCCAAACUGCGGUACCUGGACGUGGGCCACAACUCCAUCACGGUGCUCCCUCCGGACGUGGGCCUCCUCCACAAUCUCCAGCACUUAGCCAUCAACUCCAACAAGCUGGAGGCGCUGCCCAAGCCUCUGUUCAGAUGCACCAAGCUCAAGGCGCUGUGUCUGGGGAACAACGCGCUCACCGUGCUGCCGGAGACCGUGGGUCAGCUGGUCCAGCUCACUCAGCUGGAGCUGAGAGGAAACUGUCUGGACAGACUGCCCGUCCAGCUGGGAAACUGCCGCCUGCUGCGCAAGAGCGGCGUGGUCGUGGAGGACCACCUCUUCGACGCACUGCCCGUGGAAGUCAAGGAGAGCUUCAGCCGAGAGGCCAACGCGUCCUUUGCGACUCACGGUUCAUAAGCUCAUGACAAGCCUGCAUCGCGGAUGUAAGAGUAGACUAAUUGUAAUAUCCAUAAAAAUGAAUGCAUUUUCUUGAUUAUUUUAAUGAGUUGUCUUAGUUGCUUUAAAAAAUGGUACAGAUUGUUUUUCUUGUUGCCGAUUGUCUAAUUCCGCAACUUUUUGGCAGUUUUCCUAGCUUUGAGUAAUAAAAACAUUAGAAAUUUAGCUUCUCUAUGUAAUAGACCAAAACUGUUUGCUCCAAUGACACAGUGUGUAGAUUUAUUAUUAUUGUUUUAGGUACUCAGGUAUAAUUGUAACCAUGGGGAACAAUCUUUUUGCCUUAACUGCUGCUAUUAUUUUUUUUUUUUUUUACAGUGAAGGCUUUCACAAACAAAAAGGCCAAAAAUGAAUAUUUCAUGUUUCCACGUCAGUUUUUUCAUACAGACACUAUCCACAGAACAAUGUCCAUAUGUUAUGGAUGGGAGAGAACACAAUGCAACACUUCCUUCUUAGUAGUUUAUAACUUUUUGUUGAAAUCAUGUAACCUUUUAUUUUCCUCAAUGUCUUGUAGCCAACAGAAUGAGUUUAAAGUUUUAAAACUCAGGUGGAGACUAAGCACCAGAAAUGAACCUUUACCUUACUGUUGUAGAGAUUGUAUACUAAGGCCUAUAGUAACUCAUUUGCACAUUGAAAAUGAUUUAAAGAUCGGUGAAUGUCCUUUGUGAUAACAUGUCCCGAGACCAACGCGAGCUGAUAAAAGGGAACUCUUUGUCGACUAUCUUUUUUUAAUCAUGCUUUGAAAUUUGAAAUGUGUAAUAAAGCCGGUCACAGGUAGCACUGAUUAUUUAACAGUGUCAGGAUUGUGUAAUGACGACCAACACGUCUGCCUUCAUUCUUCUUAAUGUAUUUCUGUGUAGGCCUAAUAUAUAUAUAUACAGUAUGUGUUCUUCAGAGCUGCUGUACCACCUUUGUGAUCCUCUGCUCAAAGUUCACAACUUUAUGGCACAAUAAAACACGAUUUUAGAUGAA